CAUAACUUGACUUGCGUGGCAAAUGAAAAGAAUUUCUAUGUCAUAACUGUGCAUUAACACAAGCGCGCAUUAUACAACCGCAGGCUCCAACGUGUGUGUGUGUCAGAGUGUGAGUGUGUGUUUCUGUCAGGCUGACCGCUUAUCAACACGCUAUAGUUAAAAACAAAAAAAAAGAAAAUGUCGGAUAUUGUGGAUACGGAACUGCUGGUUAACUGCACAAUCUUGGCCGUGCGUCGCUUCGAGUUAAAUAGCAUUGUGAAUACAACGCUAUUGAAUAGCCUCAACCGCACCGAGGUUGUGAGUCUGCUCUCCAGCAUCAUAGAGAAUCGGGAUAAUCUGCAGAGCAUAAACGAAGCCAAAGAUUUUCUAACCGAAUGCCUGUUUCCAUCGCCCACACGUCCAUAUGAGUUGCCAUGGGAACAAAAAACCAUUUGGGCCAUUGUAUUUGGUCUGAUGAUGUUUGUGGCCAUCGCUGGCAAUGGCAUUGUACUAUGGAUUGUUACAGGACAUCGCAGCAUGCGCACAGUUACAAAUUAUUUUCUAUUGAACCUAAGCAUUGCUGACCUGCUGAUGUCCUCAUUGAACUGCGUUUUCAACUUUAUAUUCAUGCUGAAUUCGGAUUGGCCAUUUGGCUCGAUUUAUUGUACCAUCAAUAAUUUUGUGGCCACGGUAACCGUCUCCACAUCGGUCUUUACGCUGGUGGCCAUUUCGUUUGACAGAUAUAUUGCCAUUGUACAUCCUUUAAAGCGUCGCACAUCGAGACGCAAAGUACGCUUCAUACUGGUGCUGAUCUGGGCCCUCAGCUGUGUGCUCUCAGCGCCUUGUUUACUCUACUCCAGCAUCAUGACGAAGCACUAUUACAAUGGCAAAUCACGCACUGUCUGCUUUAUGAUGUGGCCAGAUGGACGCUAUCCCACAUCUAUGACCGACUAUGUCUACAAUCUCACCAUACUGGUGCUGACCUAUGGCAUACCCAUGAUUGUGAUGCUUGUGUGCUAUACGCUAAUGGGCCGCGUGCUUUGGGGCAGUCGCUCCAUAGGCGAGAACACAGAUCGCCAAAUGGAGUCAAUGAAAUCGAAACGCAAAGUUGUGCGCAUGUUUAUUGCCAUUGUAAGCAUCUUUGCUAUAUGCUGGCUGCCCUAUCAUCUAUUCUUCAUCUAUGCCUAUCACAACAAUCAAGUGGCAUCCACAAAGUAUGUGCAGCAUAUGUACUUGGGUUUCUAUUGGCUGGCCAUGUCGAAUGCCAUGGUGAAUCCCAUCAUAUACUACUGGAUGAACAAAAGAUUUCGCAUGUAUUUUCAACGCAUAAUUUGUUGCGGUUUCUUGGGUAUUAAGCGCUAUCGUUACGAUUCCCCCAAGAGCAGGCAGCACAACAAGCACAGCUCCAAUCGACACACACGAGCGGAGCCGAAGAGUCAGUGGAAGCGCAGCACCAUGGAAACGCAAAUCCAACAGUUGCCCACAACUUCAACGCGCGAACGUCAGCCGGCGCUGCAGAGUCUGAAUAACGCGGCCAUAAUGGAGCGGCCCGCAGAUGGCAAUAGCUCACCCAUUUGCCUUUCCAUACAGGACAGCGUGGGCAAGCGGCAGCAUGUGAAUAUCAAAUAUAUUUCAUGUGAUGAGGACAAUAAUCCAGUCGAGGAUGAGCAUGAGAUCUUUACGCAGGCGAUCAAGCAGCUGUGAUCCUGUGUAGUAGACCCAAACACUUGAGCGGUUUCGUUAAUUAAGCUGGCAAAAUAAUUGUAAAUAGUUAAAACGCAGCGCUCUUAAGUCUUAGCUGUACAUAUAUGUAGUUCAAAUUUAAAACA